CGUAAUAUUGGUAAACAAACGAAUUUAACCGGCAAAAAUGGAUGAAACUUACACAAAAUUUUGUCGAAUGUUUCCUGUGUUAGAAGGAAAUCUCGAGUUUGCGAUAUCCCAACAAGAUGCAGAGCUUGUCAUCACCGAAUUAAGAUCUUUAGAUAUAUUGGAUGUAGCAAUUGAUCAGGUUCGCCUACAAUGUGAACAGAUUUUGCGAAGUCAAGUUGUACCUAAAUUUUGGUCAUAUUUUCGAACGAAGGAGGAAAACAUGAAUUUCAUUGCGUUUGAAAGUGCUGUAAAUGAGUUACAUCAGCAAUACACGGGUUUCGUUCAGAUUAUGAAACAAUUGGAGUCUUUUAAAAUGGUAGCAGGGAUUGCAAAAGCUUCACAGGAUGAAAAAAAUGGAUUUGAUCUAAGUUUCAAAUGUACUUUGCUCUCUCAACUUCCUGUAGAUUUCGAAAAGUUAGUUGAUCUAUUUUAUGGAAAGUCAUUUUGUGUCUUUGCUGUAUUAGCAGAAGAUCAUGAGGAAGAACUUGAAGAAUCUCUGUCUUUUUGCAAAGCAUGUGAAAUGCCUUCAAGCAAUUGUAAAUGCACAGAAUUGGUUGAAACUUUUAGAAAAACAAACUCUAAACUUUUGGAAAUGGGUAUAUUAGAUCGAAUUGCUGGAUAUACUCUGACAAAAUUGAUUCAAGAACAGAUUGAUAAACAUGUGAAAGAUUUUUGUACGGGAAGAUAUGAUGAGUCUCACAUUUCUAACUUAGAGAAUUGGCUAAAUACAGCAGUUUUAGAUUGGUUGACAAAAAUUUACAAUAACGGAUCAUUAGAUAUGUCAAAUACAGAACAGAAGACUAAAGAUGCAAUUAACAAUUUUCAAUUGAAACUAAAUUAUUAUUUGUUUGAAGUAUAUGCAAACAUCAUAAUCGAACAAUUUUUCAACAUUAUUAUCGAGUUUCCAGAUUCUCAAGCUGCUAUAGACGAUCUCAAAAUCUGCUUGGAUAAAUUAAAUUUGAAAGGACAUUUGAUACGAACUAUCAAAAAUUCUCUUGAAACUCGUUUAUUGCAUCCCGGCGUCGAUACAGCUGAUAUUUUAACGGGAUAUGUUGCUGCAAUAAAGACUCUGAAGCAUUUAGAUAAGACAGGAGUACUUUUACAAACGGUUAUAGAGCCCGUUAAAGAGUAUCUGCGGAAUAGACAAGAUACUGUAAGAUGCGUUGUUUCAGGUUUGAUUGACGAUGAAGGUCCAACAGAUCUCGCUGAUGAACUUGCAAGAAGCGAAACAUUGAAAACAGAAGAUACAAUUGCGCUCGACGACAUGACAAAUUGGGAAAAAUGGAAACCAGAUGACAUCGAAACGGAAAGUUCUGCACAUCAAAUAUCUGAAGGAAAGAAUCGACCAUCGGAUAUCAUAUCGAUGGUUGUCGAUAUCUAUGGCACAAAAGAGUUAUUCGUAAUUGAAUACAGAAAUCUUCUUGCUGAACGUUUGUUAUCUCAAUUAGAGUUCAAUCCGGAAAAAGAAAUUCGCAACCUUGAAUUGUUAAAGUUGCGUUUUGGCGAAGCUUUGUUACACAGUUGCGAAGUAAUGCUCAAGGACAUAACAGAUUCUAAACGAAUCAAUGCUCACAUUCAAAGCGAUCAAAACUUCACUAAUGCCAACGAAUUUGAUAUUUCCGCGUUGAUUCUUUCCUCGCAAUUUUGGCCGGCUUUCAAGAAGGAUACAAUGGAGCUUCCGGAAGCAAUAAAAAAUCAGUUUGAUCGUUAUACGAAACAAUAUGAAGGUUACAAAGGCAAUCGUACUCUUUGUUGGAAUCCUCUCAAUGGAAAAGUCAAUAUAGAAAUUGAACAUGCGGGAAAAACUUUGGAAAUGACAGUUACGCCUCCGCAGGCAACUAUUAUCUUACAUUUCGAAACGCAGCGAGAAUGGACUUUGGAAAAGUUAAGUAGCACAAUGAAUGUUCCUCAGUCAAUUUUGAGGAAACGCAUUGUGUUUUGGCAAAGUCAAGGUUUGAUCAGAGAAACUCGCGAUGGUGUAUUUGUGUUAGUUGAAGGAGAUACUGUUGCCGAAUCUAAUCAAGCACAUGAUAUUUGUGAAGAUGAUGAAGCAGAAAGUGCAAUGGCUUCAGCGAGUGAUCAACGAGAAGAGGAGUUACAAGUUUUUUGGUCGUAUAUCGUUGGAAUGUUAACUAAUUUGGAUUCCUUACCGUUGGAGAGAAUCCAUCAGAUGCUAAAAAUGUUUGCAUCACAGGGACCCGGGUUCGAGUUCUCGCAAGAAGAGCUUAAAAAUUUCUUGCAACGAAAGGUUAGAGAACAUAAACUGGUUUAUGCUGGAGCUGUUUAUCAAUUACCAAAAACUUAAUACGUAUUGAAAGACCAAAUGGUUUAUUUUCUAAAAGUUCACAGUAUCUUCAAUUUUCAUAUCGAAUAAAUGCAUAUUUUUUUUUUGUUGAAUGAAAAACUAUUUCACAUCUGAUUAUUG